AUGGAGGAAGAAGUUGCUGCUCUCGUCAUCGACAAUGGUUCGGGUAUGUGUAAGGCCGGUUUCGCCGGUGACGACGCACCACGAGCUGUCUUCCCCUCUAUUGUCGGUCGUCCCCGUCACCAUGGUAUCAUGAUUGGCAUGGGUCAGAAGGACUCCUACGUUGGUGAUGAGGCACAGUCCAAGCGUGGUAUCCUCACGCUCCGUUACCCCAUUGAGCACGGUGUUGUCACCAACUGGGACGACAUGGAGAAGAUCUGGCACCACACCUUCUACAACGAGCUCCGUGUUGCCCCCGAAGAGCACCCUAUUCUCUUGACCGAAGCUCCCAUCAACCCCAAGUCCAACCGUGAGAAGAUGACCCAGAUCGUGUUCGAGACUUUCAACGCACCCGCAUUCUACGUCUCCAUCCAGGCCGUUCUGUCCCUGUACGCCUCCGGUCGUACCACUGGUAUCGUUCUCGACUCCGGUGACGGUGUCACCCACGUUGUCCCCAUCUACGAGGGUUUCUCUCUGCCCCACGCUAUCUCGCGUGUCGACAUGGCUGGCCGUGAUUUGACCGAUUACCUGAUGAAGAUCCUCGCUGAGCGUGGUUACACUUUCUCUACCACUGCCGAGCGUGAAAUCGUCCGUGACAUCAAGGAGAAGCUUUGCUACGUCGCUCUCGACUUCGAGCAGGAGAUCCAGACCGCUUCCCAGAGCUCCAGCCUUGAGAAGUCCUACGAGCUUCCCGAUGGACAGGUCAUCACUAUUGGCAACGAGCGCUUCCGUGCUCCUGAGGCUCUCUUCCAGCCUAACGUUCUUGGCCUCGAGUCUGGCGGUAUCCACGUCACCACCUUCAACUCCAUCAUGAAGUGUGAUGUUGAUGUCCGUAAGGAUCUGUACGGCAACAUUGUCAUGUCUGGUGGUACCACCAUGUACCCCGGUAUCUCCGACCGUAUGCAGAAGGAGAUCACUGCUCUUGCUCCUUCUUCCAUGAAGGUCAAGAUCAUUGCUCCCCCCGAGCGCAAGUACUCCGUCUGGAUCGGUGGAUCCAUCCUCGCCUCCCUGUCAACCUUCCAGCAGAUGUGGAUCUCCAAGCAGGAGUACGACGAGAGCGGUCCUUCCAUCGUUCACCGCAAGUGCUUCUAA